AUGUUUGUUCUCGGAUGGGGUCAGGGCAGGUUGAUGCGCGCUGUCUGGUGGACUCCCGCAAUGGAAACAGUACUGGCACUGGUGGACAGUGUGGGAAUGGUAUUGUCGAGUCUGGAGAAGCGUGUGAUUGCGGGGAUGGGUCGUGUGACGAGCAGGAUACUCAAUGCUGCGACUCUGUGA